AUAAAAAUAGCUUUGUAAGAAAUAAAACCUGAUUCCAUUUUCAUUCUGAAAGCCGAAAGUUCUGACAGAAGGUAAAAAGGUUUAGUUGAAAUGUGUGGAGGAGCUAUAAUAUCCGACUUCCCGCCGCCGGCCAGCCGAUCGUCGCGCCGGCUCACUGCUGACUUGCUCUGGGGCACCGGCGCCGGUUACCUGAACAAGAAUAAGAAUCCUGGCAAUUAUCAUUCCAAGCCACUCAGUUCUAAGUCGAUCAUUGAUUUUGACGAUGAUUUUGAGGCCGAUUUUCAGGAGUUCGAGGAUUAUUCGGACGAUGAAGGGGAGAUCCAUGUGAAAAAGCCGUUCGCUUUCUCUGCUACGAAAGCUCCUGGCCCUAAAGGUUUGAAAUCUGUUGAUUCUGCUGAAUCUGAUGAGGAUGCUGAAAAAUCCUCAAAAAGAAAGAGAAAGAACCAGUAUAGAGGGAUCCGACAGCGCCCGUGGGGUAAAUGGGCUGCUGAGAUCCGUGAUCCAAGGAAAGGAGUUCGAGUUUGGCUUGGUACUUUUAAUACUGCUGAGGAAGCUGCAAAAGCCUAUGAUACUGCAGCUCGGAAGAUCAGGGGCAAGAAAGCUAAGGUGAAUUUCCCUGAAGAUGCUCCAGGCUCUACCUCAAGACGUACUGUUAAGUUAAAUUCAGAGAAAGUGCUUCCUAAGGAAAAUCCCGAUUUGGUUCAGCCCAAUCUGAACCAAAAUGCGAGUUUUACGAACAUGCUAAACAAGGAGUACUAUGAUUCUUUAAGUUUCCUGGAAGAGAAACCUGAGAUGAAUCAAUAUGGCUACACUGAUGCCUAUUGUGCAUCUGAUAAUGUGGGACUAAAAUCACAUACUCCGAUUGAUGGCACUAGUGUUUACUUUAGCUCUGAUCAAGGAAGCAAUUCCUUUGAUUGCUCAGACUUUGGUUGGGGCGACAACUAUGCAAAAACUCCUGAAAUAUCAUCUGUUCUCUCGGCCGUUGUUGAGGAUGAAUUUCUGGGGGACGCUUGCCGCCCAACAAAGAAUUCCAAGUUAAGUUCAGAGGGUGUGGUGACUGGCAACAAGAACACUGCGAAUAAACUCUCUGACGGCCUCUCUGAUUUUGACACCCAGAUGAAGCUCUUUCAGAUGCCAUAUAUAGAGAGCAACUGGGAUGCUUCAAUUGAUGCAUUCCUCAAUGGAGAUGCAACUCAAGAUGGUGGAAGCACAAUGGAUCUAUGGUCUUUCGAUGAUGUUCCGGCUAUGAUGGGUGGUGCCUUCUGAGGCUGUAUGACCCCUCUUGCUUUCUUUCUGUAAAUAAGGCUGCGUGUGUGUUUGUUGCUGGUGAUUGAAGAUGGCAAAACUAUCAAGCAUGCUUAAGCCAUGGAUGGUGUUGUAGUAGGCCUGGUAAAAUGAGCUGUACAUAAGCAACUAGAUUAAAUCAGUAUUUUAAGACUUGAAAUUGAGGAUGACUCGAGUUAUGUCUGUAUGAAUAUUUUACUUUGAUGAGAACCGAUGCUCAAUAGUCAAUAAUACCUAUGUCUUGUUUGUUAACCUAUA